UAUUUGUGGCUUUGUGUGUCUAUAAAUGGAAGCCAGCGCUGCUCGGCACUUAUCACAGGUUAAUACAUGUUAGGACUCCAUAUGGAAAAGUUGCCUUAACUGAAUUAUAGUGUGUAGCCGAAUGGACCUCUGUAACCCUGAGAGCAUUUCACCUUUACCUGGACAUAAACAAUGCCAAGAUGUGGAGAAGAGUGACAGCUCAAAUGAGAGCCAGGGAAAGGUCUCAGAAGAAGAAGUGUCAUCCAAGCUUCUUUUUUAUACAUUUGUGCCGGUGCUAAAGACAUUGCCAAUUAAAAUCACGCUCACAAAGGCUGCGAAUACAGGACUACUCGCAGGCAAACCAAAUAAGAAUUUAGGAGUUCCCAAGCAGAAGGCGACUGAAGACACCAUGUCAGACGGAGGGCUUUUCAAGGCGGAGGUGAUCUAUAUCAGGGACUGUGAAAAACGUGAAGCAGGGGACAUGGUCCAACAGGAGACAUACACUCGGUUGAUAUCUCCUCCUGAUCACCCAACCCCACCCCAGACCCCUCCCCCUAUAAAUACCCAGCCAGAAAAUAGAGUCCACCAUUUUGUAUCCAGGACUAUGGAAACAGCUGUUAACGAACACCAGGGCAUUUCUCAGCAGCAGUGGCACAACACCCCUGUGGGUGCUGAGGCCAGCUUGGAUCUCUUUUUAAAUAGGGAGUCUGACUCAGACGAGAGACUAAGCCCCGCUAACUCCACAGAUCUGUUUCCUUCUUCUUCAAAGAGUCAGAGUCAGGAGUCCAUCCUCUCUGAGAGUUGGGACAAAGACAGGAGCUGGUCUGCACUGCAAAUGUCCCCCGAGACGUCUCGCGCGGUGUCCCCGUGCUCCUCAGUGAGAUCAGGCAUGUUCACCCCCUCUGUUGUGCGAGUCAAGAGGCACUCCCUAGAACCUGGCUCCAGUUUAGUCCACAUGCCGCCAACCUGCCUCUCACCAACUUGUUGUGCAAGUCCCACCUCGCCCCCCUGUCCCCUGUCCCCCCGCCUCCGCUCCCGCCACAGGCCCCCUCCCACACGGCUCUCCCUGCUAACAGCUAUCCUCCGAAAGGGCCGCCUGCCAGUCCUGUCCCCUACUCUACAGAGACCCUACUCCCCCUGCUGGCCCAUUCACCAUGGGACUUCCUGUAAUGCCUGCUCUGCAGCUUCCAGUGUGGCCUCUAUUCCCCUGGAGGUGUCCUCAUCCAGGGCCCAGUCCUCAGCCUCCAUACACAGCCCAGCUCAGAGUUACCAUCACAGGGAUGGAUGUGUGUUAGAGUCCCUUAGAUCUGUCAAUGCACCCCUGUCCAUAGAGUGUAAGGAGCUUUCCACCUCAUGGAGAAUGGUUGGCCCUCACAGCCCACCAUUAAGACACUCAGAUGAACUGAAAUCAAACAAUGGAUUUAUCUCUGAGAGGGUCACCUCCCCCUCUUAUCGAAGCCUUGUGGCGUCACCAGUCCCACCGUUGUCUCAACCGUUCCCUCAGAACCUCCCCAAACCAGUAGACCACACCAAAGUUCCAAGUCCACCUCUGUACUCAUCACACUCAAGAUUCAGACGUCUGUUUCCUGAGCCACUCAACAACUCAGUUAACUCAAGACUUAACUCACUGUCACCUGAACCAAAACCAGUUAAGAACCAGGGGGCUUCUGUGCCCCACGAUACAAAUCAACCCCUGUAUUCAUCACACUCAAGACUUAAAUGUCUGUCUCCUAACCCAGCUCACAACCAGGGGACCUCUGCAUGUCAACCUCUUUACUCAUCCUUCUCAAAGAUCAGCUCACCGUCUCCCGGACUAGUAAACACCUCAUCAAACUCAACACUGGACUCACUGUCUGUCGGACCAGUAAACACCUCAUCAAACUCAACACUGGACUCACUGUCUGCCGGACCAGUAAACUCCUCAUCAAACUCAACACUGGACUCACUGUCUGCCGGACCAGUAAACACCUCAUCAAACUCAACACUGGACUCACUGUCUGCUGAACCUAAACCAGUUAGCAAGAACUUUGUCCAAGCUCUGAAUUCUCACCUACGAUCAAAGCUCACCUUUCUGUCUUCUGCACCUGCUAAUAACCAGGAGACCUUUAAGGCCCUCGAUACGUCUACACCUGAAGUUUCCUCCAUGGGAACCUCUAACAAUCAGGGGAUUUCUAUGGGGACCCUUAACACCUGGGGGACCGCAAGGCCCCAAGUUUGGAGUCCACUGCCCAACUCAUGUCUUUACAGGUCUCCUAAACCUCGCUCUCUCUCCUGCUGUGCCCCAGAGGGCCAUCUUUCUGCCUCAUCCCACUCACCCAGUGGCACAGUUUCCUCUGCACAGAGGUACAUAGAUACAAUAUCACCAACCCCAUUACAGAAUGGCCUGAAAACACCUCCACACUCGAUGCUGCAACUCGGUGUCUCCCCAGCUCACAGAGCUUUCCACCUCACUCCCACCCUCUACACACCCCCAGGAUGUCCAUCACCUAAGCCCCCCACUCCACCCUCAACACCCGACCGCUUCACCCUCUCCCCUUCUCCGGCGCCCCCGACCCGUGACCUUACUCCGUCUCCCUCUCUCUCCCUGCGCUCUACGCCCUCUCCAUGCCUAUGGAGGGAGAUGUCAGACUCCCUUGAUACAAAAAGAAAGCCACACAAGAUCAAGUUAAGCUAUAAAGCCCUCGCUGCAAUUCCCACAAACACCGUUCUGUUGGACCAGCAGGCAAUUGAUGAUCAAGUGGACAAAGAAGGAGAUUCACAGGACCCAGUGGACAGACGUAAGAAAGAGGACACACAUGCAGAGAUGUGUUCCCCUGCACAGUUGCGAAAGCAGUCAGAAGAUCUGUACGCUGUCAUAGACGAAGUGUUAGAGGACCCCAUUCCAAUGCGCCAAGCAUCACCUGCCUUCGCAUACUCCAGGGAAUCAAUGGACAAAUGUGCACCAAAGCGGUACACCUCAUUGCCAAGGUCAUUGGGACGUGAAACGAAAUAUGCAACCUUCAACCUACAACCGUCUGUUGAGAGAAAUCUGGCAGACACCUAUAAGACUAAGCCUGGUGUAAUUCGACCUGCCAAUAUUAUCCCAAAAUUGCCAGAGGAAAAUUAUGAUGAAGCGUUUCAUCCAAACCCCUUCAAGAAAUAUCUGGACGAGUUGACUGUCAAUGACCAGAACAAGUCUACUCACCCGUUUGUGACAAUCCAUGAGAACGAGGCGCUGAUGUCCAAAAAGCCUGAAAACACACUUUUGGGAAAGAUUGGGGCAGAUGGCAGCAUAAGCUCUGGCAACCUGGCCUUGAACACAGAGAAGAACAGUGAGAAUAACUCAACAACAGAAGAGGAAGACAACAUCUCAAUCCCCUCACUGCUGAUUACUGAAUCUGAGGAGCCAAACGCUAACCCUGCAAAAGAUGGAUCCUGGCAAGGUGAUGCGACCUCUUUCAACCUUACCAAGGUAAAGAUGGAAGCCUUUGAGACGCACAUUUAAUUUUUUGUGACAUAAAUGGAUGACAAAACAGAACGGGGUAGAGAUUAAGGCAACACUUUAUUUUAAGUGUCCGUAAUAAACCAAUUAUAAGGCAUUUAUGAAGUGUGUUCACCAUUUAUUAAUCGUUACUCCCACAUUUCUAAACCUUUUACUAAUCAUUAGUUAUUAAGUCUUUUUGCAGCCCCUAAUCUAAAGUGAGUGCUAUUUAAGCUUUACAAAUACCUUAUAAAUGUUUUGAGUGACCAGUGUAAUUUCUCACAAAAAGAUGGGCAUGCCAUUGGUAGACAUUCCAGCAGUACCAGGUAAAAUAAUAAGCACACAACACAGGAUAUUUGCUAACAUUUAUGAAUGUGGGAGUAAUGAUUAAUAAAUGGUGAGUACUGUUUGUAAUCGCAUUAUAAAGUUUAUAAAUGCCUUAUUAAUGGUUUAUUACGGACCUUUCAAAAUAAAGUGUUACGGAGAGUCAUUCCCUAUAGUAUUGACAAAGAGGACUUCUGAUCAUUAUAAGCAGAUGUGACAGCAUGCAAUAAAUUCAACUGAUUUUGCUAUUGUAUAAACAUUUAUGAAAUGCAACAUUUUUCUGGAGAUUGUGAAACUACAUGCUCCACUUGGAUGAAAGAGAAUACUUUUUGAAGUGAUUGAUAUAAUUACUUAAUCAUUCUGACUUGUAUUUUGGGAUAAAUUAAUUUGUUCCAACAUUGAAUCAAACAUUUUGUCAUCUUUUCAAAAAGUUGGUUUGAUUACUGAUCUUGUUAAUACAUGCGAAUAAACAUUUUAUUAUACAUAA